CCCCCCCCCCCCCACCCCCCGUACUCCUGUCCCUUCCCCGGAGUCUGCCGGGGGCUCAGGGGGUCGCACCCUUGAGGCGGAUGAUUGUGGGCAAGAUCUCAGCAGAACGUGCCUGUGCCAGACUUUCAGAUCAGAUCUUCACCUGAGCACCUCCCCCACCACCGCCCGCAUUCUCGGUUGAAAACGGAAGUUUGCACAAGAGGAGGAGGCUGUUCGGCCCAUCGUGUGUGCCAGCCAAAAGGCAGCCAUCGGAUCCAGGCAGAUCACCAUGGUCAGACACAGUAAACUGCAGAAACAGGUCUUAAACCUUUACAAACAGUUUCUCCGAGCGGCCAGGGAGAAACCUGGAUUUUUGCCUCUGAUUCACGACGAAUUUCACAAGAACUCCCGAAUACCCAGAACUGACGUGAUGCACAUUGAGUAUCUGUUGAGAAGAGGGCAGAGACAGUUGGACCUGUUAAGCAAGUCGAACACCAAACAACUGGCAGCAUUCACGAGGUUCAAUCCAUCGGAGAACCUAGGCCUACCGACGAUGAAAGACCCGCCGUGACUUCCGUGAGAGCUGGCCUGAAGACGGUUAACAUCUUGAUUGUGAAGGAAAGUUGGCAUGAUGGUCCAAACUUGGAAAAUUGAGCCACAGGGUAAACGUGGAACCCAAUGAACUAGUUUGCGCUGGUCACACUAAUAAAUUAAUAAACACUAUGUGUAUAUGAUAUUA